AUGGCCUCGGCUGUUAAUGUCUCCUCCGAGCAGGAAAACAGGGACCCCGAUCGGCCGAGGGUAGCGCGGAGGAACAGGGGCAGCAGUCGCGCAGCCGCCUCGGAUUUGGAGUACUUGCAGCGACCGAGUUACUGCGAUGCCGCGUUCGCGUUGGAUCAGAUCUCGGAGGGUAAGGCGACUGGAAGGAAAGCACCGCUGUGGCUGAGAGCACAGUUUCAAAGACUUUUGUUUAAACUUGGCUGUUACAUACAAAAGAACUGUGGGAAGUUUUUAGUCGUGGGCCUUUUAAUAUUCGGAGCUUUCGCCGUUGGUUUAAGGGCAGCUAAUCUGGAAACGGACGUGGAGAAACUCUGGGUGGAAGUGGAUGGCAGAGUGAAUCAGGAGCUGAAAUACACGCGACAAAAGAUCGGGGAGGAGGCCAUGUUUAACCCUCAGCUGAUGAUCCAGACGCCUCGCAAUCAGGGAGCAAACAUCCUGACUGUGGAGGCACUGAAACAGCACCUGGACUCGGCCAUCAAAGCUAGCAGAGUGCAUGUUUCAAUGUACAACAGGAAAUGGAAAUUAGAACAUUUAUGCUACAAAUCAGGAGAAUUUGUUACGGAAAACAAUUUUGCUUACCAGAUAAUUGAAAAUCUACAUCCCUGUCUCAUCAUUACACCUCUGGACUGCUUCUGGGAAGGUGCUAAGCUACAUUCAGGCAUAGCCUAUCUCCCUGGUGAACCCCCUCUGCAGUGGGUCAACUUUGACCCUAUGGCGCUGAUUGCUAAGCUGAAGGCAGUGACCAACCUGGUGGACAGUUGGGAGGAGAUGCUGGCGAAGGCUGAAGUAGGACAUGGCUACAUGGAUCGACCCUGCAUCAACCCCGCAGACCCAGACUGUCCUGUAUCUGCUCCCAACAAGAACUCUUCACGGCCGUUGGACAUUGCCCGUGUCCUGACCGGUGGCUGCUAUGGAGUCUCCAGAAAGUACAUGCACUGGCAGGAGGAGCUCAUCAUCGGAGGGACCAAGAAGAACGACAGUGGCAGGCUUCUCAGUGCCCAGGCUCUGCAGACCAUGUUCCAGCUCAUGACUCCCAAGCAGAUGUACGAGCACUUAAAGGGCUAUGAAGCAGUCUCUCACAUGAACUGGAACGAGGACAAAGCAGCUGCCAUCCUGGAGGCCUGGCAGAGGAGGUACUCCGAGGUGGUCCAGCAGAGUGUGUCCAUCAACUCUUCUCAGAAGGUGCUGACAUUUACCACCACCACUCUAGAGGACAUCCUUAAAUCCUUUUCCAGUGUUAGUGGCAUCCGGAUUGCCAGUGGCUACUUGCUUAUGCUUGCCUAUGCGUGUCUGACCAUGCUGCGCUGGGACUGCGCUAAGUCCCAGGGGGCAGUGGGGCUGGCCGGAGUGCUGCUGGUCACUCUGUCUGUCGCAGCUGGACUGGGCCUCUGCUCUCUUAUUGGCAUCUCCUUCAAUGCCGCUACUACUCAGGUGCUACCAUUCCUUGCCCUAGGCGUGGGAGUGGAUGAUGUCUUUCUCCUCGCUCACGCCUUCAGUGAAACUGGCCAGAAUAAGAGAAUCCCAUUUGAGGACCGUACGGGCGAAUGUUUGAAGAGGACCGGGGCCAGUGUGGCUUUGACCUCCAUCAGUAACAUCACUGCUUUCUUCAUGGCUGCCCUCAUCCCAAUCCCAGCACUGCGGGCCUUCUCCCUACAGGCUGCUGUUGUGGUGGUGUUUAACUUCGCCAUGGUGUUGCUCAUCUUCCCCGCUAUACUAAGCAUGGACCUGUACCGCAGAGAGGACCGCCGCUUUGACAUCUUCUGCUGCUUCGUCAGUCCGUGCGCUAACCGGGUCAUCCAGCUGGAGCCCCAGGCAGCAUACGGUGACCCAUCAAGCGAGGCGGGCCACUACAGCCCCCCUCCAUCCUACAGCAGCCACGGCUUCUCCCAGCAGACGCAAAUCACCAUGCAGUCCACAGUGCAGCUACGCACGGAGUACGACCCACGCACGCAGGCCUAUUACACGACAGCCGAGCCACGCUCACGCAUCUCCGUCCAGCCUUUCCCCCCAACCACCACCAAUGUCAACCACCAUAAUAACAACAACAGCUGGGCUGGCGCCGGGCCCGGGGUCACGCGGGGAAACCCAGCGGCCGACACAGCGUCUUGCCGGAGCACGGAGGGCGCCAGCUCCACCCGGGACCUCCUGUCCCACAGUGGGGAGACAGGGCCGGGCUGUGCAGAGCCGGCCUGCUCCCGCUGGACCUUUGCCUCCUUCGCCGAGAAGCACUAUGCACCUUUCUUGCUGCAGCCCACCACAAAGGCGGUGGUGAUUCUCCUCUUCUUGGCCCUGCUGGGCAUCAGCCUGUAUGGGACCACCUGCGUGCGAGAUGGUCUGGAGCUGACGGACAUCGUGCCGCGGGAGACGGCCGAGUACGACUUCCUGGGUGCUCAGUUUCAGUACUUCUCCUUCUACAACAUGUACGUGGUGACGCAGCAGGCAGACUACGCCCAGGCCCAGCCGCUACUCUAUGAGAUGCACCAGCGCUUUGGCGCAGUCAAGUACAUCCUUCGUGAGGACAACGGCCAGCUGCCCCUCAUGUGGCUGCACUACUUCCGUGACUGGCUGCAAGGUCUGCAGGAGGCUUUUGAUAAGGACUGGGAAGCGGGCAGGAUCACUCAGGGGAACUACAAGAACGGCUCUGAUGACGGAGUCCUGGCCUACAAGCUCCUGGUGCAGACCGGCCGCAGAGACAAGCCCAUCAACUACAACCUGCUCACCAAACAUAGACUGGUGGAUGCAGAUGGGAUCAUCUACCCCAGUGCCUUCUACAUCUACUUGACCGCCUGGGUCAGCAAUGACCCGGUCGCCUACGCUGCCUCUCAGGCCAACAUCCGUCCUCAUCCUCCAGAGUGGAUCCAUGACCGCACCGAUUCCAUCCCCAUCAACAGCUUCACCAUUCCUGCCGCAGAGCCCAUCGAAUAUGCACAGUUUCCCUUCUACCUCAAUGGGCUGCGCGAGACGCCCCAGUUUGUAGAGGCUAUUGAGAGCGUGCGCUCCAUCUGCAGCAACUACAGCCGGCAGGGUCUGCCCAGCUACCCCAACGGCUACCCAUUCCUGUUCUGGGAGCAGUAUGUGGGCCUGCGCCACUGGCUGCUGCUCUUCAUCAGCGUGGUGCUAGCCAGCACCUUCCUGGUGUGCGCCAUCUUCCUGCUCAACCCCUGGACUGCUGGGAUCAUCGUGCUGGUGCUGUCUCUGAUGACUGUAGAGCUGUUUGGUAUGAUGGGACUGAUUGGAAUCAAGCUGAGCGCCGUGCCUGUGGUCAUCCUCAUCGCUUCUGUGGGCAUUGGUGUGGAGUUCACUGUCCACGUGGCCCUGGCCUUCCUCACUGCUAUAGGGGACAGGAACAAGCGGGCAGUGCUGGCCCUGGAGCACAUGUUUGCGCCUGUGCUGGACGGAGCCUUCUCCACCCUGCUGGGAGUGCUGAUGUUGGCAGGCUCUGAGUUCGACUUUAUAGUUAGAUAUUUCUUUGCUGUAUUGGCCAUCCUCACCGUGUUGGGGGUCCUAAAUGGCCUGGUGCUGCUCCCAGUCUUAUUGUCCUACUUCGGCCCUUAUCCUGAGGUGUCUCCAGUGGACGGGCGUAGCCGACUGCCCACUCCGUCUCCAGAGCCUUUUCCACCAGUGGUGCACUUCACCAUGCGGCCCAGUCACACCACCCCCGGGACAGGCUCAGACUCCUCCGACUCAGAGUACAGCUCUAACUCCACGUUCUCAGGCAUCAGCCAGGAGCUCCAGCACUAUGACCUCCAGGCCAGCAGGGGGCGACCCACCAGGCCUGAGGAGGUGCGAAUUUCCACUGGGCCGAGACAAGGCGGCCAUCAUGUGGAGCCUCCCAAUUACUCAACUGGGCCAGCUGACCCCAGGCAGCAGCAGCGUCAGCAGCAGCAUCAUUAUCGCUCCGGUCAUCCUCCUCGCUCUCAGGAUGUAGGACCUCAGUCUUCCCGUCGACAAAGCAACAGGGACCCCAAGAGGGAAGCGGGAAGUGGACACCCCCCUCCGCCUCAGAGGCUGCGCACGGACGCUUUUGAAACCGCUAAUGAGGCUGGUGGCCAAUUCGGCCCCAGAGAACGUUCGGCGGGGCGCCGGCCUCGCUCCCACAACCCUUACCCUCACCCCACCCAUGCUGCCUCAGGCCCCGUCUACUGCCAGCCCAUCACCACGGUGACGGCCUCAGCCUCCGUGACGGUGGCCGUUCAUUCAGGGAUGGCCGGCCAGAGCCCUGCCUACCCCUGCUACCCCUCCAACGACAGCUAUCGCACUUCAGAAGAAGUCUACCCCGACGCCCACUUCCCUGACCCACAUGUGCCCUUCGAUGAGAGCUGCCACAGUGCAGAUUCCAAGGCGGAGGGCAUGGAGCUUCAGGACCUAGAGUUCCACUCUCCCAGCGACUGCCACACAAGACCUUCCAGCUGAGUGGUUGAAUGUUGAAGCACAAAUGGCCAAAGAUGGGACAUCACCGUCUGCUAGUGUGGAAGAGACAUGGUGCUGCAGGGUGGGGGCACGUGGACCAGCAGCGCCUCCGUGGUGCUUGACUCUGUUACUGUAUAGCUCUAAUGUAUGUCUGUCUUAGAUAUUUCUAUAAGUAUUUAAAAAGAAACGUGUACACAAGUGUAAAUACGAACGAGAGUAGCUAUAAUUGGACCAGUCUGGGGGUCGUCAGACUGGUGUCCAUGUGUACGAUUUUGUGAUUACUGUCCACCCAUCAUCUGUGUAUCUGUGCCAUGAGGAAGCUUCAUCUUAGACAUACUUAUCAGCAUACAGAUGUUGCUGCUUAAGAUGUUGUAAUGUACCUGUAUUAUUCUAUGCAAUUAUUUUGAUGUUAGAGUGUGUGUGUGUGUGUGUGUGUGUGUAAGAGAGAGAGAGAGAGAGAGAGAGAGAGAGAGAGAGAGAGUGAGAGAGAGUCUACAUAUGUGUGUGUGUGUGCGCACCCUGUGCAAACAUGAUGGAUCACUCCAGGCCCCACAGGCUCAUGUCACAUCCAUUGAAGGUAGAAUAAGGAACACAAACCAGGUUUCAUCUUCAGCUCUUCAUCAGAAUUAUUCUGUAUGAUUUUCAUUUGGAGUCUUCAUGCGUUUUCUGCAGCUCCUACAUUUUAAUAUGAAUUGUCUAGCCAUCACUGCCAUGCUUUUCUGUAGGAGUUUUAUAAACAGUCAUUUCAUUUAGGGCCUGGCCAAUAAGACAAUUUUGUGGCUGAUAUUGAUAUUUUGAUACCAAUACCAAUUUUCUGACACCGCUUUUACAAUACAGAUAACUGAUAUCAGCUGAUAGAAUUUUAUAUUCAUAUUUUAGAUAAAGGGUCUUUAUUGACAGAUAUGAUUGUCACUUCUCAAUUAUCACACCUCUUAACAACAGACGCAUAAUCUAAUGUAGCCCUGGUGCAGAGCUACCCAGAAUGUUUGCAUUUUUGGUACUUUUUUGAUAUUUUUCUUAUUUUUCUUUAGUUCUCUUCAUAAAAAAAAGUUUUUGUCUGUGUUUUAUGACAUUAUUCGUGUGCUAAAGGUUAAGUUUGGAUGCAUGGUAUAUGCUUUUGUAAUACUUAACAUCAUUGUAUUUUGUUUUCAGAUUAACCAGUUCAGCCUGUAUUUUUAAACAGAUCAUAUUUCAGAGCGUGACUCAUAUUGAGCUGUCCAGUAGCACAACUGUUUAACGUUUUGGAGGUCAUCAUCAGGAGGUCGCAAAUUUGACUUGAUGGCAUAUUAUCCGCAAUAUUAUCGGCCAAUACCGAUAAUGCCGUGGGUUGCUUAUACCGGUCAGGCCCUAAUUUUAUUAGUAUGUUUUGGUUAUAUAGAACAUAUUCACUGUUUUAAGUUGUAGAAAUCUUACAAAUGAUUAGUUUUUUCUUCAUUGUACAACCUCAUUAUACGAAGUCAGGUCUUUCCAUGCGUUAAUGUGUGGAAGCUGCAGACAAGCACCGUGUGUUUGUGUAGGUGUGCGUGUGUGACCAUGUUUUGUGUGUACUGAAGUAGAAUGUAUGCUUUAUUCAGAUGUUAAUUUGCUUAUCACAAACCUGUGGUAGUUGAAAAGGAAAAAAACGAUUACUGUUUAACAUUGAACCACGCUAUGCGUGAAAAUUUAGAUAUGAAGAAAGUGUAGGGAGCGUUUGCGUGUGGCUCUGCUGUUCUUGCUCUACAUCAGAACUAUUCUUUGCUCUUCUAGCUCGAUUCGAGUUAUUUUACUGUAAAACGGCCAUUUAGUGACAACCCUUGUUUGCUCUCAAUACUCAUAAGUGGAUUACUGGGUAAAUAACGAUUACAUAGUACAGGUACAGUGUUUUCUUGUGACUGGCAUUGGUACUGUUUUGUCAGUUCUUGGGUUUACUAGGUAAACCUGUUAGCCUCUGUAGCAUCGCUCUCUUAUCUUUUACAUCAGAAUGGCAUUAUUUUUUUACUUUUACUUUCAAGCUAACAGGACGGUUUGUUAAGACUAAUACAGCUAAACCUCUCAUUGUAGCUACUCUGACAACACAACUGAUGUCUUCCCUCACUUCACACGUUUUGAUAAGCUACGUUGACGAGCAGGCCGAAGGGUUCACCACUAAAUGGCCAAAGGAGACCAGCGUUUUCUGUCUCAAGGUCCGUCGACCUCCUCACUGACAGGCCGCAACUACUGGCCCCAAUUUAGCACGAGCAGUUCUCUCCUCUGACCUCACCUCAUAAAAUUCCACAACACAACGCCAUGACACUAAUUGGAAGUUCCCCCUCGACUGCCAAAUGGUGCAUGCGAGUGCUUCUAGGGUCAAGGGUCACAGAGCCCCCACUUCACUCUGAGUCUGGUGUGUGUGUGUGUGUCUGCCUGUAAGAAGGCCUAUUUGUGUGUACGUCUGAGUGUGUGUGGUUCUCUUUUUGCCAGCGUCCCCAACCCCCCCCCCCCCCCCCCCCCCCAAGUCUGACUUCCUGUCAGACACACGGAUUUCUGUCUCUUUGCUUUCUUUGUUCCUUCGCUGAGGUUUCUGUCCUUCUGUCCACUGCUUGUGUGAGCUGUUUGUUUGUUUGUUUUUGUUUUGUGUUCUCCUAAAUGUCACAUUGGCAGAAACAGGAGAGAAACAUGGCUGGCAACUAUUGUUAUUCGGUUUUAUAUUCUAUUAUUUUUUUACAUUUGUUUUGCAAUAUUUAUAUUUUUGUAUUAUAAGAUGUUGUUGUUUUUUUGUUCAAUAAUGGUCAUAAUGCCAGUUGUUAACAAUGCAGGGAUUUUUAUGUCUGUCUAAAAACACUAUUACAGUUUUUUGGUGUCCUUACAUUAAUGGAUUUUGAUGUGUAUAAAGUGCUUACUAAUGUUAAAUAGGAAAAAAAGAGUAUAUAACAUUUACAUUACAGAUUCAUCACAGCUCUUAGAGGAUUUUAAAAGGAAAAUGAUCAGUGGUUUUUACAGACUGCCAUUUUUUUUCCUCAGUUGGCGUGGAUGUAUGUCAUUUUCAGUUACAAAGAUAAAUGUAUGCCAUAUAAUUUAUUUAUAUGAAAAUUUAUUUUUGUAGUGUACAUAGUAGGUGUCAAGUUACUUGACAGAAGUAUAUUUUUAAAGAGUUUAUAUGUAAUGCUACCAUCUUUGUUCUGGUUUUUGUGAGAACAUAACAGAGACAUUAAGUCAUUUAAGGUGCACACUUUCAUUGCUAACUUGUUCUCAGACUAAAGUCCCCCUUUUUACAGUGUUACCAUAGAAGAGAGUGAGUGAACUCUGAAAAGACUGUGUUUCGGGUUUUGUGAAAAGCUAGCCAUGAAAGUAGAAAAAAAGAUGUACUAGCUCUCGAAAUAAUAAUGUUCAAACACUGA